AGAGCCAAACACUAUUCAGUCCUCGCAGUGAGAGACAGAUGCCGAGGUCCUGUCUGCCUCCUCUUCCAGCCCAAGAAAGUUCCCUGAGUUCCCCCCUCUCUUGUUCUUCCUCUGGAUCUUACAGGAGAAAAGGCAGCAGAAGCCACAGCCCUGGGACUCAGAGAAGUGAGGGGAAGAGGAGGAGAGAGACAUCUGAAUUGGGACAGUUCCAAGAAUGAAAGCGGCGCUGUAACCCUUGCACAGAGGACACCUACAAAGUAGCAAAGAAUUCUCUGCAAAGGGAACAGACACAAAGUCGCUGCCAGCGGGAGAGAUAGACAGUAGCGCGGAGUUCUCUGCACACCUCCAGUUUGCCGGUCCGGGGAGCAGAAGUGACAGUUGGUGCCGGGCUCCUUGUGCUUCGGCGGCACCUCAGGGUGCAGGAGUGAAGGGAGGGAGAGCGCAGUAUGGCUGGAGAGUUGCCCAUUGCUACACCACUGCCCACCAGCCCGCUAGCCAUGGAGUACCUCAACGACUUCGACCUGAUGAAGUUUGAUGUGAAGAAGGAGCCACUGGGAGGGAGGCCAGAUCGGGCGAUAAGGCAGUGCAACCGCUUACAGCCCACCGGCUCCGUGUCCUCCACCCCCAUCAGCACCCCGUGCAGCUCCGUGCCCUCCUCCCCCAGCUUCAGCCCCACCGAGCACAAGACUCACCUGGAUGACCUGUACUGGAUGUCCAGCAGUAGCUACCAGCACGUCAGCCCUGAGGCGCUCAACCUCACCCCGGAGGACGCAGUAGAAGCCCUUAUUGGGCAGCACCAAAUGCCCCCUCAGCUGCAAGGCUACGAGAGCUUCAGGGCUCACCAUCAUCAUCAUCACCAGAACCAGCAUCAGUAUCAGGGCGUCCACCACGAGGAAAUGGGGCUCCCCCAUCACCACCCGCACCAUCACCAACACCAGCACCACCAGACAUCUCCCAGCCCAUCCGGCUCCUCCAGCUCCUCCCAGCAGCUCCACCACCAGCAGCAGCACUCCAGCUCCAGCGCAGUGGAAGACAGGUUCUCCGACGACCAGCUCGUCUCCAUGACUGUCCGGGAGCUCAACCGACAUCUGAGGGGCUUCACCAAGGACGAUGUGAUCCGCCUGAAACAGAAGCGACGGACCCUAAAGAACAGGGGGUACGCCCAGUCGUGCAGGUACAAGCGAGUGCAGCAGAAACAUAACUUGGAGGGAGAGAAGACCCAACUGGUUCAGCAGGUGGAGCAGCUGAAGCAAGAGGUGAGCCGAUUGGCCAGGGAGAGGGAUGCCUACAAGAUCAAGUGCGAGAAACUGGCCAACAACAACAGCAGCAACUUCAGAGAGGCUGGUUCCACCAGUGACAACCCAUCAUCCCCAGAGUUCUUCAUGUGAGUGUGUCCCACAGCCAAACCCCAAGUCUACUCCAUCUGCCAAACCCCAAGUCUACUCCAUCUGCCAAACCCCAAGUCUACUCCAUCUGCAUAGGCUUCACUUUCAUCAACUCCAGUGAGCACCCACUCUCUUGUUUUAUAGACUAGUCUUUUGGGGUUGGGGGCAAGAGAGGGAGUGAAACCAUUGAUUCACUCAAGGAGUAUUCAAGAUGCUUCUCCCUCUCUCCUUGUUUGAGGGGGGGGGAGGGGGCGCAUAUCAACUUCUUUCUGGGGGUCUGGGAAGGUGAAGUGACUUCUAACCCCACCAAAGACUGUGCUGGACGGUUGACACUGCCACUUUGGAGACAAACUGAAUGAACAAUAUAUGCAGAUUUGUUUUUUUUUUAUAUAUUGCAGUAACAUUAGCCUAAAUCCUCACACUCAUGAAUACAGGUGGGGCAUUAGGGCACCCUCCCCUUUUUUGGUUUUAUUGCCUGCUUGAUUAUCUAGAAAAUAUUACAAAAAAAAACUGCAUUCAAAUAUUACUCCUGCAUGCUGGACAUGUAUGGUAAUACUUUCUAUUUUGUAUCACGAUAUCGUUUUAACCCUGAGCAUGCUGCCUCUUCUCCUCUUCUUCUUGUGCCACAUCUUCUAUUCUUUCUGCUGCUCAGAGGUGUCUUUAAUUCCAGGCCGCUUGCAACUUCACUUCCAAUGUAAAAUAGUGCAGCUUCCCCCCCCCAUUCCCAUCAUUUCAUAUAGCGAAAUGCCUUUCAUACAUUUUAAAUAAAAACGGGCAUUUUUAUUGAAAUUGAAAAUCAACCAUCAGCAUUUUUUUUAGAACCCCUCAUAUUUAGUUGCCAUUAACCCUUUGGCGAUAUUUUUCUGAUUAAAUUAAAAAAACAAAACAACUCCCCAGAUACUUGCAAUUUUCUCUCUCUCUCAGGAACAAAGAAUGGCUUUAACCCCUUGGGUGCCAGAGCCAUCUUUAAGUGUAUCUCGCUGCAAGAGAUGUCCCUGCCCUCAGAAGGUGGGUAGAAACCUUUGCCAACACCAGGCCUGUAGGCAUUUUUGGGGGGGGGGCUGCAUAUAAAGGGUUAAUGUUUUACAAGUGUAGAAAUGGCAACAUUUCUCCUUACCAUAAACACUGGCAUCUGACUUUAAUUUUUGCUGACACCUGAACAGUCCAAAGCUGCAGGCACCUAGUGCUGUGACAGCUGAAAUGGUGACUUAUAUAGAUACUAAAUGCUUUCUAUCAACCCUGCUAGCAGCAUUCCGCGUCACGCUGUUUAUUCGCAGCUACACCGUGGAUUUUACUUCCUUUACUUUCCCUCUCCCCCCCCCCCACGCUCAGAUUAUUUAUACUGUCUAUGUAGCAGAUUUUGUAUGGAGCCGGGUGCUGUUUAGUUGAAAUUUUUCUGCAGGUCAGUUAAAAAGCGAAACGCGUUGGCAUACAGCAUACCAAAAUGAAAACUUUUUUUUUUUUGUUAAAUGCAUUUAUUUCUCUUUUUUUUUUGGGCACUGCUGGUGCAGAUGCAUUUUAUGGUUUUAUUUUAGUAUAUAAGUUAAUGGUAAUAAAAAAAAUAUAGUUUGGGCAGCACGGCGCUUGCAGUCUUUCAAAAAAAAAUUUUGGUAUUUUCUGUCAUGCCUCAAUGAUCUUUGUUUAUUUUUUUUUUUUUUUUAAUUUUGUAUUUUCCUGAUUCAACUGUGUUGAAAUCACGUCUGCAAGCAGCAGGGAGUUGUUUUUAUUCCAUGUCACGUUCAGAAGGGAAAAAAAUUCAAAUCCUGCUUCUCUUUAAAAAAAAAAAAAAAAAAAAACAACUCCAAAAAAUAACUGGUCUAUUGUAGUUUUAUUCAGACUGGAUUCUGUUUUUAUGUUAACAAAAUUGUUUCCUAUUUUGCUUAUUAAAACAAUUGAAAAUGGA